GGAGGAGGGCAGCCGGCGGAGGACCAAAGCUCUUCAGAGACAGCUGCUUGACAUCCGCAAGGAAAAAACUCUGGAGCUGCAGCGACGUGAGGAGAUGACUGCCCACCUGAAGGACCAGCUACACGGGAGGAAAGCUAAGACUGGGCUGGAGAGGAAGUAUGUGAAGAGCAGCGCGGAGCUGCUGGUGUACCAGGGACAGAAGAUCAACACACACUCUGAGAAGCAGCUGGAGGAUGAGAUCAGGCUACUGCAGGAGAGGUUGGAGGAGGAGAGGAGAGUUCAUAUGGAGACGGAGACUUUCCUCAAGAAACAUCAGACAAGUCUGGAUGAGAAGCUGGAGGUGUGGAUGGAGCGCUAUGAGAGAGACAUGGAGGACAAGCAGCAGGAGCUCAACAGCCUGAGGAACAAAAAAGCUAACAAUCUCUCCCAGCUCCAGGAGCUGGCAAAGAAGUACAGAGACAUUGAGCAGGUGGUCAUCGAGGACAGGAUGGAGAAAGAGGCCCUACGCAGGAAGCUGGAGAAGGAACAUAUGGAGCGAGACGCAGCCACCAAGAUCCAGUCGUGGUGGAGGGGAACAUUAGUGCGACGCGGCCUGGGCCCCUAUAAGAAAGGCAAGAAGCCCAAGUCCAAGGAGGGAAAGAAGGGAAAGAAGAAAAAGUGAGGUGUCCCUUCUUCAAGAGCUCCAGUGAAAGGAAACCCAAAAAAAUUCUCAAUACAGACAUGUUACUUUUCAUCAAUGUUCAAUUCCUGAUUACAGACAAUCUAAGUCGACACUGGCCUGUAGGCAAAUAUAUCUUCAAUGAGAAAAGCUUUUUUUUUCUUUAACAGAGUAAAGUUGGCAUGGUCAUUUUGAAUACUACUACCACCAUUGCCAGGUUCUUACUUAUAUGCAGUCUAACACAAGGGCAAGAAUGGUAAUAAACAAGCGUACUCAUGAGACUGAAAUGGGUAACUUUUAUUAAUGCACUUUAAAGAAUUCCAAAUAUUAAUUCCAGAAAAUAAUAAUUCAAUUUUGUACAUGUUUUCAGGGACAAUUUCUCAGCAAACGGUGUAAAAAGUUAAAAAGACCAUGUUGCGGUCAUGAAAGAAGGUCCUCUCUUUAUCUGGUACCUACUUGUAAACAUAUGGAAUGUAUCUAUUUUACUGUACAAAUGUCACAGGGUCCAGACCCAGCAGUAGGGGCACAUGAUUUCUGCUGGAGAAAGCCCAAGUCAGUCGACAUAAGUUAGGAGGGGGGAAAAUAUCUAAACAAAACAUUUAUAAUAUAUUUAAAAUCACCUUUAACUUCCCUUUUCAGAACUCUGAGUCUUAUCAAAACAAAGUUAAAAUGGCAAAAACAUACCUCUGAUAUAUUU